AUGGCCCCUGCGGCCGCUGACAUUCAGAAGGCAGACAGGCAGCUCAUCGCUGCGCUGGCCGCGCUGUGGGAAGCCCAGCAGGCGGUGGUCGAGCGGCUUGGCCCGUUUGAGCGCUGGAGCAAGUCUGACCUGGCCAGAUGGGCUGGCGCGGCUGCAAUAAUGGUUUCAGCGAUGCCCGAGUGUCUGCUCAACGCCCGCCCUGAACUGUUUGGGCAGAUGGUGGCUGGUGUGAGGUGCCUGAUUGCUGAUGGAACAGAGGAGGAGAGUCUCAAGAUACUGAACACUGUCCUGUUGAAGGGAGCGCGCUCCAGCACCCCACAAGCGGGGCACUUGGCGGUGGCGGCACUGCGGGACGGGCUGGUGGCAGAUGCGCUGGAGCUGCCGGGGCGCCUGCUGGCCAGCGGCGUGCGGCUGAGCGGCAGCACGGCCUCUGAGUCAGCAGCCAGCCCCAUGAAGCAGCAAAUGGAGCAGGCAGCAGGCCGGGUGUGGGCCCUGGACACAAGCGGUCCGUCUCGGAUGCCGCCCGAACAGCUUCUGGCAACACUGCGCCAGUCCCUACCCGCGGCGGUGGCCGCUGCCGAGCUGCUGCGCCAGCACUGGGCGGCGCAGGAGGAGCAGGCGGAGGUGCCAGCGCGGGUGCAGGUGGCCCAAGCGGUGGUCACCCGCAGCUGCGCCUACCUGGGGUGUGCCAACCUGGGAGCGCAGGGCGGGCCGGCGGCGGGCGAGGGUGUCGGCAGCCUGCGCUGCUCCGGGUGCCGCGUGGCCUGGUACUGCGGCACCGCCUGCUCCCACGCCGACUGGCAGCGUGGCGGGCACAAGCAUGUGUGCAAGGCGCUGGCGGCGGCGCGGGCAGCGGCACGGGCGGCGGCGCAGGGGACGGCGAUGUGA